AUGCCGCCCAACCAGCCCUGGAGCCCCAGCCCGGGGGGGACGGUGCCCUGGGACUACUCGGGGUCGGGGUCCGGCGCCCUGGAGGAGGAGCUGGAGCUGUGCGCGUCCUGGGAGCUGCCCUACGCCCGCGCCUUCGUCCCCACGCUCUACCUGGCAGCCUUCGCCGUCGGCCUGCUGGGCAAUGGCCUGGUGCUGCGGCUGCUGGCCCGGCGGCGCGCCCCGCGGCGUCUGGCGGACACCUUCGUGCUGCACCUGGCGGCCGCCGACCUGGGUCUGGUGCUGACGCUCCCUCUGUGGGCCGCGGCGGCGGCGUGGGGCGACCGCUGGCCCUUCGGCCUCGCGCUGUGCAAGCUGAGCGGCUUCACGCUGGCCGCCUCGCGCUGCGCAGGCGCGCUGCUGCUGGCGGGCCUGGCCGCUGACCGCUACCUGGCGGUGGCCCGGCGGCUCGGAGCGCGCCCGCUGCGCUCCCCGCGGUGCGUGCGCGCCCUGUGCCGGGGCGCCUGGGCCGCGGCGCUGCUGGUGGGCCUGCCCGCCCUGGUUUCCCGAGACCUGCAGCCGUUGCCCGAAGGCCCGGGCAGUCAGUGCGGGGAGCGGCCCUCCGACGCCUUCCAGGCCCUUGGGCUGCUGCUGCUGCUGCUCACCUGCGCGCUGCCCCUGGGCGCCACCCUCUUCUGCUACUGCCGCCUGGCACGCCGUCUUCGCCGGCCGCGGCGCCUGGGCCGCAUCCCCACCGCCCCGCUACGCAUCAUCUGCGCGGUCGAGGGCGCCUUCGUGGGCUCCUGGCUGCCCUUCAGCGUCCUGCGCAUCGUCCUCCACCUGGCGCGCCUCGGGGCGGUGCCUCUGCCGUGCCGCCUGGUGCAGGCGCUGCGCUGGGGCCUCACCAUCGCCACUUGCUUGGCCUUCGGCCACAGCUGCGCCAACCCCCUCAUCUACCUGCUGCUGGACCGCUCGUUCCGAGUCCGGGCCUGGCGCCUGGCCCACGGGAUCAGCUCGGCGUCCUCCCCCUCCGGGGACCCCAGCGCCGAGGUCCAGAGCCCGGCCGAAAGCUGGGGACGAGCGCAAACGGAGAGCCCAGCCGCCGCAGGCCCAUAGCAGCCCCAGCCUGACGGAGGCCCAGGGCGGCGGCUGGAUCCCCCAAACGCUUCUUCCCUGUUGGCAGCACGCAGCUGGGCCGGCACCUGGGACUCCUCCAUCGUCGCCUUUCCCAGACCUCAGGGCUUCUUGAGCUCCCCCAGCCAGGCGGCAGGGUCAGCGGUCUCAGCCCAGUGGCCGCCUGGGCCGACUCCCUCUAGGCUGUGCUGGGAUGCCCACGGGCCCCCCAGGUACAGGAGAGGGGAGUGGGCUUCUUCACUGCCAUCAGCAGCACGGGCCACAAUAUCCAAACUCCAAAGCUGCCGUCUCCAACCAUGGUGCCUUCGAGAGCCACCGAGUCCUGAGAAACACCUUCUCCAAGUCCGACCGCGGGCUUCUCUUGCUCC